AUGAGCCGACUUCAUCUACUCCAAGGGGGAGUGCUAGCAGCUCUCCUUCUUGCCUCUCCUGCUCUAGCUCAUGGUGGCCAUGAGGCCGUCCCUGACGGUGCUGCCGUCUCCGGAGAUCCUAUUGACUCGACAUUAUGGAUACACAUGAUUCUUAUGGGACUUGCCUUUGGCAUUAUCUUUCCGUUGGGAAUGGUUCUCGGGAUCGUGCGCUCGCGCUGGCAUGUUCCUCUCCAGGUUGUCGGAACGAUUAUCGCUGUCCUGGCUUACUUUCUCGGUCACGCCCACAAGGGUCGACAGUUUUCCAAGAACGUCCACGCGUCCUUCGCAAACUCCUUGAUGCUCAUGUUGGUGGUGCAGGUAGUGCUGGGUGUUUAUCUCAAGUUGCAUCUGUCCAAGGGAAUUCAUGGGCGUAUUCGUCGGUUCUUUGUCGUCGCCCACGGCGUCGUCGGUAAGGUGAUGCCUGUUGUGAGCUGGGCGCAGAUGCUGUUUGGAGGUAUUACGGCCAUGGGUUACUGUCGCGAUGACCAUCUUGGACAGUGUCUAGCUCACUUCAUCAUGGGAAGUGCCUUUAUCGCCUACGGCAUCAUGCUCACCAUUCUCCUUCUCGUCGGUCAGUACUGGAUGCGUCGCAGCGGCCGCAGCCAGGAAUUUUUCGAUUCCCUCAUCAUCGCCGCGUGGGGUUGUGUCAACACCUUCACGGAACAUCGCUGGGGACAGCCUUGGGCCCACAAUGAUCUGCAGCACACGACAAUGGGUAUUAUCUGGUGGUGCGCCGGUCUCUUGGGUAUCUGGAUGAGCAGAAAACGCAACGGCCAGCCUAAGCGGAAUCUGAUCCCCGCUAUUGUCAUUCUGUUUACUGGUUAUGCCAUGUCUGCCCAUCCCCAGACACUGAUGAUCAGCACCAUGAUCCACAGCAUCUUUGGAUAUACAUUAAUGGCUGCCGGUUUCACGAGAAUCAUCGAAAUUUCCUUUGUCUUGAAGGAUCGCGCCACUGUCAGUAUGGACGGUUCUGACCCGAACAGCUUCCAGUAUCUGCCACCUUUUCUCCUCUACGCCUCUGGCUUUCUCUUCAUGGGUGCUACGGAGGAACAGAUGCAGCUUCUCCACGACGCUGGAAUCACGCACGUAUCCUACGUUCUGAUUCUGUACAGUAUCGCUUUUAUCCUUUUCCUCUUUGUCAACGUGCUCCUCCACAUCUACGCUGUUCACGCCUGGCCCGAAUCUGCCAAGGUGCAGCCAAACUCCCACUCGAGCAACAACGAUGCCGGCGAAAGCGGCCAGGGUCCAUCUCGCUUCAUGAACGGACACGCGCGGUCUGCGUCUGAGAAUCGUCAAAUCCACGACGCUGAGGCGUUCGAGCUUCAGGGGCUCAUUUCAGACGAGGAAGAAGAGGGCCCAUCUUCAGGUCAGAAUGGCCAUUCCAAAGGCCCUCGCAGGACUGAAGAUGAAGAGAGCUCUCUUGUUGGGAAGGAGACAACGCACGACUAA